AUGGCGCUCAAAAGACACGUCAACAUCGAACAAAAAAUGAGGCGCAAUGUGGACUUCGCGCGGGCCUAUAAGGGAAUAAUGGAUGACUACGUCAAGAAGGGGUAUGCACGACGACUGGAGCCCCAGGAAGUCCAGAGAUUCCAGGAAGGCAAGUUAUGGUACCUGCCGCAUUUUGGGGUGGAAAACCCGAACAAACCUGGAAAAAUACGGCUGGUCUUCGACGCGGCUGCCAAGGUGCCAUGUUCAGCGGACUAUGUGAAGACCUUGAAUGCCUCGCAGUACACCAGCACGGACCCGCGAGCAGCCCUGGCAUUCAAGGAAUACCACUACGUGGACGACUACGUCGACAGUUUCACCAGUGAAGAAGAAGCUAUCGCCGUUUCAACACGGCCGGCUACAGAUGAGUUCAAGUUCGGCAUCAAAUAUCAUCGAGUCCCGAGAAUCGUGAUGACAGGGGAACUCGUCCCUACCAAGAGGGAGUUCCUAAGCCUGGUCAUGUCCACGUUUGACCCGAUUGGAUUCCUGAGCUUCUACAUGGUGACUGCCAAAUUGUUAAUGAGAGAGAUACUACUUCGGCGGUGGACGCGUGCGGAUGCUACAGCUGCACAUCUUCGUGGACUCCUGUCAGUCGACGUUCGCAGCAACGGCCUAUUGGCGUGCCACUUACGAGGACGGAGACGUGCAGGCGCAUUUCAUAAGCUCCAAGACGAAAUGCGCUCCGAUGAGGACUAUGUCGAUCCCGCGACGGGAACUUUAAGCAGCAGUAUUGGGCAGAGACUGAUGGACACCGUCAAGCAAGAGCACGGUGUGGCGAUCAGCAGCUGCGUAUUAUGGACGGACUUUAAGACUGUGUUGCACUGGAUAAGCAGCACCCACCGGAGAUUCAAGCAGUUUGUCGGUAACCGGGUGGCGGAGAUCUUGGAAUCCACGGAGGCGUCCCAGUGGAGAUGGAUUCCGUCUGGCGAAAACGUGGCAGACGACGCGACGAGGCCGCGCAAAGCCGUGGACCUGAGCAUCGGUUCGCGAUGGCUAAGCGGUCCACCAUUUCUACGAGGACCAGAGGAAAGCAGGCCAAGAUCGAGCGAGGAGUGGAUCCCUCCGACGCCCGACGAAGAGGAAUUGAGAUGUGAGUUUGCCUUGGACAUGGUAAACUUCAUAUCCUUGCAGAGAUUCUCCAACUACAAUCGACUGGUGAGGAGCACCGCAUUGGUGCUCAGAUUUAUUCAACGGUGCCGUGGACUACGAUACGAUGGAGAUGAUUACGGACUGACGUCGAUGGAGUGCGCUGAAGCUGAGCGCGCACUAGUACGGCAAUCGCAGCGAGAAGCGUUUGCUGAGAACAACCAAGGGAGAGCCGCCAAGGGCAGCCAAUUGCAUGGACUGUCCCCAUACUUCGAAGUGGACGGAGUAAUGCGAGCCAGCGGAAGGAUCGACGACGCGAUGUGUGUGCCAUACAGCGCACUUCGACCGAUCAUACUGUGUCACGAUGAGGCACUGGCGGAGAUGAUCGUGCAGCAUCACCAUGAGAGGAUGUGCCACCAAAACACGGAGGCAACCAUCGGAGCGAUCCGGCAGAAGUUCUGGAAUAGGAACUUACGGAGGCUGCUACGAAGGGUGGAAGGGUGGAGCAAAUGCAACGUUUACAAGCUGCGAAGGGCACGACCAACUCAGCCCGAGAUGGGUCCCCUACCAGAAGACCGGCUGGAGGCCAACGGAUGGCCCUUUAAGUUUACCGGAUUGGACUAUUUUGGAUCGCUAUUUGUGACGGUAGGACGACGCACGGAGAAGAGGUGGGUGGCACUGUUUACGUGUCUAACCACAAGAGCUAUCCACUUGGAGAUGGCUCACGAUUUGUCCACCGAUUCCUGCAUAAUCGCUAUGAGGAACUUUAUGUUCCGACGUGGACCCCUCGUCAGGAUUAGGAGCGACAAUGGAAAGAACCGACCGCGAAGCCAAGAGGUUCAGCGAAGUGUUCGAACCUGCACAGAUCCAGGGCAAGCUGUCGUCCAAAGGAGUCGAAUGGAUUUUCAAUUGCCCGGCGAACCCACCUGA